AUCCCCAAGAAGAAAUCAUGUCUGGAUACCCACAUAACCAACCCGGCUACGGUGCACCACCGUCGUCUCAACCCGGCUACGGUGCAUCACCGUCGUCUCAACCCUACUCCUCCACACCCUAUGGCGCCCCAGCACAACCCUACGGUGCUCCGGCCCAACCCUAUGGCGCCCCAGCACAACCCUACGGAGCUCCGGCACAGCCCUAUGGUGCCGCACAGCCUCCCCAUGGUCAACCUUCGCCUUACGCACCCGUAGCCAGUCCCUACGGAGCACCAGCACCAUCAGCCCCUUACGGUGCACACCCAGAAACUAAACCCCCAAAAGACCACAACAAACCCUCAUCAUCCCCUUACGGUGCUCCUCAACCCGGCGGUGGCUACCCACCGGCACCAGGGUCGUACGGCAGCCCGUUUUCGGCGCUUCUGCCGUCGACGUUCCCACCGGGGACAGAUCCUAGUGUGGUGGCGUGUUUCCAGGCCGCCGAUCAGGAUGGAAGUGGUAUUAUCGACGACAAGGAAUUGCAGAGGGCGUUAUCGUCGUACAAUCAAAGCUUCAGUAUCCGUACUGUUCAUCUUCUCAUGUAUCUCUUCACUAACACCAACACUAGAAAGAUCGGACCUAAGGAAUUUACUCAAGUUUUCUACAGUCUACAGAACUGGAGGGCAAAUUUCGAAAAAUUCGACCGAGAUCGCAGUGGCAAGAUCGAUGCCAAUGAACUGAGAGAAGCUCUCAUGAGCCUGGGCUUUGCUGUUUCACCUGUGGUUUUGGAUUUGCUGGUCUCCAAAUUCGACAAAACCGGUGGAAAGAACAAGGCUAUUGAAUACGAUAACUUCAUCGAGUGCUGCUUGACUGUUAAGGGGCUAACGGAAAAGUUCAAGGAGAAGGACACAACGUACUCGGGGUCUGCUACGUUCUCAUAUGAAACGUUCAUGUUGACCGUUUUGCCCUUUCUCGUUGCUUAGGGUUUGUAUCUACAAUCUCUUUUAACGUAGACUUGUUCCUUUGGAUGUAUUUGCCUUUCGGUUAUUCAACUUUGCUUGUUUUGCCAUCAGGGCGUAGUAGUACUGUUGGUUCCGGAAUGGUAUACUUGCACAAAACCGUGUUUUUUUUUCAUGUUUAUUGUAUUACUUUUGUGGUGUUUUGAUUGUAAUAAAAUAUAUUCGACAAUUUCUUAAUGUUUGAUGUAAGGGCAAGUGUUCGAAUUUUGAAAAGAUUGCGUACAAUGACCUUUUUUUUUAUAGUAAUACGAAGAGUUUGUGCACAUUCUGC